AUGAACUUCGAAGAUCUCCUGCAGGAGGCCGGUGGCUUUGGCAAGUUCCAGGUCUUAACCUUGCUGCUGCUCUGCCUUCCGAGGGUCCUUCUCCCCUUGCAUUUCCUCCUGCACAACUUCUUGGCAGCCAUUCCUCCUCACCACUGUGCGAUCCCACAUCAGGAGCAGUUUGCCAAUCUCACAGAGGAAGACGUGCUGCUCAUCAACAUCCCAAGGGACUUGGAGGAAACUUUCAGCUCCUGUGAGAUGUUCUCCAGCCCGCAGUUUCACCUAUUGCUUAACUCCACCUGGGCACCCACCAACUCCACAUCUGCCCAGAAAUGCCAGCAUGGAUGGGUCUACGACCACUCCCAGUUCACUGCCACAAUAGCCACCCAGUGGGACCUGGUGUGCGAGCACAGACGGAUGAACCAAGCCGCAGCCACCAUCUUUUUCAUUGGAGUCAUGCUUGGGGCUGUGAUCUUUGGCUCGCUCUCCGACAGGUUUGGCCGGAAGCGCAUGCUCCAGGUUUCGUACGUGUGCACCCUGGUCUUUGGAAUUGUGAGCUCCGCCUCGGUCACCUACAGCAUGCUGGUGGUCACUCGGGCCCUGACGGGGAUGGCCAUUUGUGGCCUCUCCCUCAUCGUGGUGCCCCUGGGCAUGGAAUGGGUGGAUAUACAGCACCGCACCUUAUCUGGGAUCCUGACCAGCGUCUUCUGGAGUUUGGGGAAUAUGCUUCUGGCUCUGAUCGCCUACCUGGUGCGGGACUGGCGUUGGCUGCUGCUUGCCGUCACUCUGCCUUGUGCGGUGGGACUUGUUUCUACAUGGUGGCUCUCCGAGUCUGCCAGGUGGUUGUUGGCAAAUGGAAGGCAUAAGGAAGCUCACAGGCAUUUGCAAAGGUGCGCCAACAUGAACAAGAGGAAGGAGUUUGCCACCAAAAUUAACGCUGAGAUCUUGAGCAAGACAGCUGAGGCAGUAGUGCAGGCAUCUGGGAGAACUUAUUCCUACGUCACUCUUUUCCGAACACCGAUGCUAAGAAAGAUCUCCUUCUGCAUGGGGACUGUGUGGUUUGGGGCGGCCUUUUCCUACUAUGGCAUAAGCAUGGACAUCACUGGUUUUGGCCUGGGAAUGUACAUGACCCAGUUUGUCUUUGGGAUCAUUGAGCUUCCUGCCAAGGCAAUUGUGUUUGUCACGGCGAAUCGAUUUGGGCGGAGGCAGAGCCAAGCCUGGAGCCUCAUCCUAACAGGUUUAUGUGUAGGAGCCAACAUUGUCAUCCCAACAGGGCUGGGGAUGCUGCGCUCUGUGGUUGCCAUCAUUGGCAAAGGGUUGUCUGAAGCAUCCUUUACGUUGGUCUUCUUGUACACCGCAGAGCUCUUUCCCACAGUCCUCAGGCAGAACGGACAGGGCUACUGCUCCUUCAUGGCGCGACUCGGUGGGUCUGUGGCUCCCCUUGUCUUCCUGCUGGACAGCCUAUGGAAGCCUCUGCCGCAGGUGAUGUACUGCGCCUUGGCCGUCCUCUGUGGCUCAACUGCCUUCCUGCUGCCCGAGACCUUAGACGCUGAGCUGCCGGAGACGGUAGAGGACGUGGAAAAGCAAAGCUUCAAAGUCAAGCAGGAGCUCCGUGGAGAUGUCUCUGAAGUCCUUCCUCUGGAGUCAUUACAGAAGUGA